AUGACAGUACAAACAUCCAUCACAUCAACAAAUGAAAGAUCUCCUUCACCUACCAAACAUGCAGUACUUCUAGGAUCUACUUCAACUAGUUCAAGUACGAGUUCGAGUUCAAGUUCUACUCGAUCCGCAUCAGACUUAUCUCCGUCAUAUCUGCCUUCAGAUUCAGCAUCUUCAACAUCUUCCAAUAAUAUUGCAUCAAGACCUCCCAGCCCCUCCAAAUCAAGACCUUUAACCCCUCCUACCACAUCUACUUCAAAUAUUACUACUAAUAGUCCUUCAGUAAAUUCUUCUCCUAAGCAAAAGUCCAAUAUUGAUAAUACUACUACUAAUACUAAUACUAAUACUACUAAUAAUAAAAAGUCAAUCCCAUAUUACUACUCAAACCAAGAUAAUUUUUUGCAACUUAUAGAACCAUUCCCUGUAUCUCCUCCUGCGUAUGAUACUUUACCACCAGGUGGAUGUCCGAGAUAUCCCGUUAUAAAUCACCACCCUGCACCUCACCAAGAACAACUUCCAAAUUAUUCACCAUCUAUUUAUAAGAUUGGAAUUGUAGCACGUAAAAUGGAAUGGUUAACUCCAUUUGAAGCUUCACCUUCAAGAUCAUGGAAGCAUAUUAUCAUGGAAUUAAAUUCUACUCAAUUAAAUUUCUAUUCAAUUCCUUCAAAUUUGGAAACCCAUUUAUUAUCUUUUAAGCCAAUACCUCAAUCAAUUGAUAGAACUUAUAAUGAAUUUGAAGAAUCAGAAUUAAGGAAUUUAAUAAGUCAUUUUACUGAUGAUCAUGAUCUUCAAUUUUUCAAAUUCUGUCAAAGAUUGAAUAUUAUUGAAAGUUCUUCAUCACUGUCUUCAUUAUCAUCAUCUACUCCAUCUAAUGUUACCAAUAAAAAAUUAAUCAGAAGUUAUUCCCUCCAGCAUUCGAGAAUUGGUCUUGCAGUAGACUAUAAGAAGAGACCCAAUGUAUUAAGAUUACGUAUUGAAAGUGAACAAAUUCUUCUUAGUUUUAGUAAUACUAAGGAUUUGAUUGAUUGGAAUAUGGCCAUUAAUAUUGGUAAAGAUAUUGCCUUGGACUUGAAUGAUCGUGAAUUACCUAAAUAUAGAACUGUACCUAGAAGAAGAAGAAGAAGUACUGGUAACGCUUCUACAUCAAAUACAACAACCAGUAAUCACGAACAAUUAAUUCACCAAGUGUUAAAUAAAAGAUUAAGAUCACAAUCUGAUCCAAAUAGCAAGCUCAGAGGCAAAUUAUCUAAAUUGAAAUUUAAAUUUGGAUCUUCAUCAACAAGUAUAACUCCUUUAAAAGCUUCAUCUUCGCCUUUGGCUUCUACUACCAUGUCACCAUCAUCCUCUGGAAACCGUCAUAAUUCAACACCAUCAACUUCUACUACAACUCCUACCACAUCAUCUAAAUUGCAACCAGUUAGAUCAAACUCUGUACCCACUUUCUCCAUCUAUUCAGAAUCUGAAUACGAAGAUGAUUCAGCAUUGAAUUCAACUUUCGAAGAUGAAGAUGAUUAUGAUGAAGAAGACUAUGAAUUGUUGAGCCGAGCUAGUGAAACCUCAAUUUCAAGAAGAGCACCAGCAUCCACUGUCAAUAGCAGAACAAGAUCGAAUACUAUCCCUGAGAUUGUAAUGACAACUCCAACAGUAGCAACCAGCUUGAGUGUUUCUACUUAUAAUGAAGAUUAUGAUGAAGAGGAUAUUCAGAAUUUAAGUGAUUUACAUCAUUCAGAUGAUGAAGAAGACGAAGAAGAUGAAGUUGAAGAAGAAAGCCAACCUAAUCCUAAUGAUUUGGCUAUCGAAGAAUCCUUAUUAUCUUCAUGUUCUACUCCUCAACCUAUUAAUCGCCCUUCUUCAACUUAUUCUAGAUUUGAAGAUUAUAAAUGGAAUCCAGCUGAAAAGGCUCCUAGCAAAAGAAGAUACUAUAAGAAUUGUUUAAGAUGUAUUAAACCCUUAACUAUGGAAGAUUCAUGGGUUUCAAAAUCAUUAGUUAAACCAACAUCAUUAUCUCCAUUAAGUUUUGCAUAUUUAAAACAUGUUAAAUAUAAUACUCCAGCAAGUAAUACAAGUCUUGUAAGUUUAAAUUCAUCAAUAUUUUCAUCACCAUCAACCACUUCAUUACUGAACUAUAUUAUGGAUAGUCCAUCCACCAAUAGUUCAAGUUCUAAAUCUUCAAGGAAACCUCGUAGUUUCUCAAUGGGUGGGUUUAACUUACCUGAAACUGCCUUAACAAAAGUUCCUAAUCAUUUCCUAAAAGAAUAUCUUGUUGGAUCCCAUGGAUUGAUUCCUAAGGAGCUUUAA